CGAAUUUUUGAGUAUCGAUGGAUCAAUUUAAAAGAAUCAAGAAAAUUGGAAAAGGCAAUUAUGGAGAUGUUUUGUUGGUGUAGAGAAAAUCUGAUGAUAAGGUACAGUUAAUUGUUAUACUUUCAGUUAUUUGCUAUAAAGAGAGUAGAUUUAAGUUUUAAAGAGAGUUAUGUAGUUGAUCCACUAAAUGAAGUUAAAUUAUUACGUAGUUUGGAUCAUCCAAAUAUUAUUUCGCAUUAUGAUUCCUUUACUCAUAAUAAUAAAUUAUGUAUUGUAAUGGAAUAUGCUGAAAAUGGUAUUCAAUUAUCAUCCAAUUCUUGUAGCUGAUUUAAGUAUCAUGACCAACCAAGCUAAACAAACAUAAACAUAUAUUGAUGAAAAUACAGUUUAGUAUUUGAUUUAUGCAAUAUUAUAGAUUCUUGGAUGGUUUUCCUAGAUAUCCAUUGCUAUACAAUAUCUCCAUCAGUUGAAGAUAAUUCAUAGAGACAUCAAACUACAAAACAUUUUCCUUUGCACUAAUGGAAUUGUAACAUUCCUUAUUAAAUUUCAAGGUCAAAUUGGGAGAUUUUGGAAUAUCUAGAACUUUAGAUAAUACCUUAGAUCUUGCUUAAACAUCUAUUGGUAUUAUACUCUUUUUAUAUCUAAGGAACUCCUUUCUAUCUCUCUCCUGAAAUCUGUCAGAAUCAAUAAUAUAAUCAUAAAAUUGAUAUCUGGAUGCUUGGAUGCACUCUAUAUGAAUUAUGUUCAUUACAAAAACCAUUCAAAGGUGAAUCUAUUAGUGAAAUUGCUUUUAAGAUCAUCAAUGAACCACAUCCUAAAAUCUAAAGAAAUUAUUCUGAUUUUAUAUCACAAUUAAUAGAUGAUAUGUUAGAAAAGAAUCCUGAAAAGCGACCUGAUAUUUAAACUAUUAUCUAAUAUCCAUAAAUUCAAUCUGAACUAUAUAAGCUAUAAGGACUAUACAAAACAUAAUUUAAUUAUGUAUUACCUGUUCAAUCAAUGUAAUCUAAUAAAUCUUCAUCAAGAAAAAUGCACAAAAAUUCUAUUCAUUUUUUAGUAGAAUAAUCUAAAUAAUUACAACAAUAAUAAUAAUAACAGCCUUAACAAUCGCCAUAGGUAAGCAAAUCAAAAAGAAGAAAAGUCUCUUUGUAAUAAUUAAUUCAAGAUACUUCAAAUUAAAAUUCACCUACAUUCAAAUAACUAGCUACUGCUGAUAAUGCUAAUAAAAAUAAACCAUUAUCAUUUAAUCUACAUACUCUUCCAGAUGUCAUUACUGAAUCAAUAUAAUAAAAUUCAGCUGUUAUGGCUUAAAGAUAAUUAAGAUAUUAGAAAUCCAUAUCAAUUUGUACUUAAAUUGAUGACGCCACCAAAAGAGGUAUGAAUGAAUAUGAAAAUGAAAAUCAGCCAACUCUCCUUAAGAAUCCUAAAACCUUUUCAUUUGCUGGUUAAUUCUUAAAUCCUAACGCACCCACAUCUCCAUAAAGAUCCAUUUUACUGACUGAUUUUCUUAAAAGGAAGAUUGGAGAAGAGAAAUUCUAACAAAUGAAGGUAUUACUUGAAUCAUCAAACAAUCCAAUGAAGAUGUUAGAUUAAGAGAAAGAGUUAGUAAGUGAAAUACUUGGUGAAGAAAACAUUGAAUGUAUUAAAGUAUAGAAUUGAGAUAAAUUUAUUAUAGAUAUUUAAAGUAUUGAUUAGUAGUUCAAUAACUCCAUAACAUACAAGAACGAAAAGUAGUCAAUCAUUUUAAUAGUACAAUCAUAAUGAUUAAUCAUUGAUCGAUUUAAUAAAAGAAUCUGAUUUAAUUCAAAAUACAGAAAACUCAUAGAAUUCAGUAUUCGAGAUUUCAUUUAAGAAUUUAUAAAACUGUCAUGAUGCUUUUAAACAAUAGUGA